AUGGCCCAGCUUUUGUACCCAGAAAUAGUCAACAGCUCCUCCUCCCAGGACCUGUCCAGCGUGUGGGAGCUGACGAGCCUUCAGAGCACCUCGGACCACUUUAGCUCUCUGGGCAGCGUAGACAGCCUGGACCAACCCUCCCCCUCCGGCCACCUCUCGGCAGCCAAGUCUAGUGGGAGCAUCAACCACCUGGGCGGCCCAAGCAAGCGGGACUCGGCAUACAGCUCGUUCUGCACCAGCUCCAACACGCCUGACCACACCCUGCCCAAGGCCGAUGCCUCCUCCACGGACAACAUCCUCUACAAAGUGGACCUGAGGGAGGCAUCCCGGCCAGGUGGCUGGCAGGACCCCCAGGGCCUAGAGGAGACACCCGGGUGCUUCCCCACCGGGGGCCCCUGGGACAGCAGCAGGAGCCCGGGGCCAGAGGACACGUCUGAGCCCAAGCUGUCCACAUCGGGGAGGUCCAGUUUGGGGCCCAUCUGACACGUCCAGGAUAAGAAGAGGGCGCCUCCUCCCCCAGCUCCACCCCCCACCGCCACCGCCACCAAGAGCCAGGAGAAGGCCCAGGGCCCUCCAUUUCCCGAGGCGGCCACUGCGCAGCACUUUCCUGGCCUGAGGGGGGCUCAGUCCCAGGGUGACUGGAGGGCAGAGCCCGCCGAUCCGCAGCGGAAGCUGGCACGCCCUGGUGAGUGGAGGCUGCCAGAGAGUUCGGGCUGUGCUGCGGCCGCCCCCCUGGACUGCAGGUGGCCGUCCAACCUUAGCACCCCCAGCCAGCUACAGGCCUCUCUGUCCAGCACCGACGUGCGUUUCCCGCCGUCUGCCGACAUGUGCCAGCACCCCAGCCAGUGCAGCGACAAGAGUACCUUCCUCCACGAGGGCCUCAGGACUGCUGUGGUGUCCAGGGGGCAGCCGCGUGGCACCCUCGCUGGGGCCCUGCAGGAGUCCCCCACCCACAGCUUCCAGGACGCCAGCCCCACCCCGGCCAGGCAGCCCAGUGCUGUCAACCGGAAGGGGGACAGCACUGGGCAGAGCCACCACCACUCCGUGGCCUCCAGCCAGGGCCCCCAGGGAGGCGCAAAGACAGCUCAGCCUGGGGACGGCUGCUGGCGCUGCAGCUCCCCUCUGGGGGCCCAUGCUUGUCCUGCCACACACGCAGCGGGCCAGAAGCCACGCUGUCACCCCCCUCAUCACCAGGAGUCCCUGGACACCCACAAGGGGGAGCGGGGCGACCCAGGGGACAGAGGAUCGGAGGAGCCACAGAGAGCCCGCCAUGGCGACAGAGCCGGCGUGCAGAGAGUCGUCGCCGGGGAGAGCGGCAUCUCAGCCCACAGGACGCCCCUGUUGCACUCGCUGACCCGGGAGGGGCCCCGGCAGGAGGGCGGCCUGGAGGGCGGCAGGGAGAGGCCAGCGCCCUUCGAUGCCCAGGUGGGCAAAGCCAACCGGAGGAGCAACCGCUUCUCCACCACCCUCCGAAACGAGAUCCGGCUGCGGCGCGCCUGGCUGCAGAAGAGCCAGAGCUCAAUGACACUGGCGGUGCCCGCUGAGGCUGGUGGGGAGGCCGGCAGCUGGCGGGGGGCGCCCACCCCAGGAGCUCCAUUGCUGCACACCUACAAGGACCACCUGAAGGAGACCCAGGCCCGUGUCCUGAAGUCCAUGUCAUUUAAGCAGGGCGACUUGGACCCCAGUCCAGCGGACCAUUAUACAGGGUUCCGGGAACAACCCAGGGCCAGGGACCACCGCCCAGAUCUCGAUGCCACCCCCUAAGGGGUGGGCCUAGCCAGGCCACCCUCAUCCGGAGGGGGCCCAUUUCACGUGGCCCGCAUUGAGGGCCGGAAACAGUUCACAGUGGAGCAGAAACUGAAGUCGUACUCAGAGCCUGAGAUGAAUGAGGUGGGGCACUCAGGGAAUCACUGCCUCUGCCAGCACUGCGAGGACACCGUGGGGACGUUCACCGAUAGGUGGAAGUUCUUCGAGGAGACCAGCAGGCUGGUUCUGCAGAGGUCCAGGUCAAGGAAGGUGCUCCCUGGGGUCCCGAAGGAGAAGCCGGAUAGGCUGCGGGCCGCGCGCCUCGGGGACCAGGGUGACGAACCUCAGCCCCAGGACAGGGUCCGCACCACCUAUUUUGGAGAUAACGCCAGUGGUCCCAGGAAAGCAGGAAGGAUGGGGAAAUCAGAACCGCCACAGAGGCUCGGGACCUUUGCAGAGUAUUAAGCCUCUUGGAGGAAACAGGGCAAAGGCCUGGAAGCCAAGGGCUCUGGGAGAAACCACUCAGCUGACGACAUCCUGGACGUGGGCUUGGACCAACAGGAGAGGCUGCAGUAUGUUCAGGAGAGGUCACGGUCUUCGCCCUCCACAGACCUCUACAAACAGGAGGCAUCCAUCGAGCCACAGAGACAAGCGGAGGACCCUGGCGAGCACAGAAAACAGGAGGACAGGGUUCUCACCCCGAGAGUCUUCAAUGAAGACUGUGUUCUGGAGGGCCCAGAGCCAAUGCCAAAGGGAACCUGGAGGUGGAUCCAGUGGCUGGAGGUGCUGGAGGGUCCCCCCUUCUUGGCCACCUACCAGCUACUCCACCCACCUAACCAGUGGCUGCCAGGGGCCUGGCACUGA